ACCAAUACAGAAUAUGUUAGUACCAAUAGAAAUUAUGUGAAUACUAAUAACACAAUAUGACUUGUAUCGGUGGUACUUCUAAGCAAUUUUGUAUUUUGUUACUGACAUAUUUUGUGUUGGUACUCAAGAUGAUUGUAUUUGGAUCACGUUGCCACUUGAGGUUUAGAAACCCUCCGAGCCUCUAAGACCUCAGUUUCAUUUUAGCUUACUUGCAAAUUGCGUCGUUCUCGUGGCAUGACACAUGACAUGAGCCCGAGUUUCAAUUUAGCUAACUCCAAAAUUACCUCUAAUCCCAGCAGAACUUAAUCCCAAGAACUCUUCCUUGCUUAACAAAUCCUUCGGGAGAACACUAAAUUCUUGUGCUGGAUGAUGCUCCACUGUCGCUGUUCCAAAGAAUUGGGUUACAAUAACGACUUCAGCAAUUCAUGUAAGCUCAAAACCUCUCAAUCUUUCUUUAAAACUUCUUGUAUUUCCUUAGGUUUUAAUGGGUUUCCCACUCAGAAUUCACCAAAAUUGUUAAGUUUCAUUGAUAAUUCUCACCUAGACCAUAGAAAUCCUAGGCAAAGCUCAACUGGGUCGAGGUUUAAUUUAGGGUUUAAGAUUCAAUGUGUUUCAAAUACAUUGGGUUUGCCCUCGAAAACCUCGAAUUUCAUUAAUGGUAGGAAGAAGAAAUAUGGUGGUACUUUACCAUCAGUUUUAAGGUCAUUAGAUUCUGAAGCGGAUGUUGGGAAAACCCUUGAUUUGUAUGUGGGUAAGUUGAGUCCUAAAGAAUUGACAGUGAUAUUGAAAGAGCAGGGAUGUUGGGAGAGAGUUAUGAGAGUUUUUGAUUGGAUGAGGUCACAAAAGGAUUUCGCGCCGAAUGUUAUUCACUACAAUGUGGUGUUACGGAAGCUCGGUCGAGCUCAGAGAUGGGAUGAGUUGAGGCUGUGUUGGAUUGAAAUGGCAAAAGACGGUGUUUUGCCUACGAAUAAUACUUAUAGUAUGCUUGUUGAUGUGUAUGGAAAAGCAGGUCUUGUGGAAGAGUCUCUUUUGUGGAUUAAGCAUAUGAGGGUUCGAGGGAUUUUCCCAGAUGAGGUGACGAUGAGUACGAUUGUCAAGGUACUUAAAGAUGCUGGAGAGUUUGAUAGGGCAGAUAGGUUUUAUAAGGAUUGGUGUUGUGGGAAGAUUGAUUUACAAGGUUUUGAGUUGGAUGAUUUUAAUGAUAUUCAAUCACAAUCUAAGUUGAAAUCUUUGAGUUUGAAGCAUUUCUUGUCAACAGAACUAUUUAAGACAGGAGGGAGGUAUUUGCCUUCAAAGGGAGAUGUUUUAGAGAUGGAAAAUACUGUUAGAAAGCCUCAACUUACGGCUACCUUUAAUACAUUGAUUGAUUUAUAUGGCAAGGCUGGUCGUUUGCAUGAUGCAGCUGAUGUUUUCUCUGACAUGUUAAAAUCGGGGGUUGCACCUGAUACAAUUACAUUCAAUACUCUUAUUCACACUUGUGGAAGUCAUGGGCAUUUAUCAGAGGCUGAGGCGUUAGUUGACAAGAUGGAAGAAAGGGGGAUUUUACCAGAUACUAAAACUUAUAAUACUUUGCUUUCUCUCCAUGCUCAGGCUGGAAAUGUUGAUGCUGCCCUGCAAUGGUACCAGAAGAUUAGAAAGGUUAAUCUUUUCCCUGAUGUGGUAACACAAAGAGCUGUGCUUCAUAUAUUGUGUGAGAGACAGAUGGUUAGCGAAGCUGAAACUGUGAUUAGAGAGAUAGAUAGAUGUAAUAAACAUAUUGACGAGCAUUCCGUACCAGAUAUUGUAAAGAUGUAUGUGAAUGCAGGACUGCUUGAGCAAGCAAGAACUAUGUUUGAGAAGUGUCUGGUGGAUGGAGGAUUGUCAUCAAAAACAUAUGCAGCAAUUAUGGAUGUCUAUGCUGAUAAGGGAUUGUGGGCUGAAGCAGAGGACAUUUUCCAUUCAAAAAGAGACAGUAAAGGGUCGAAGAAGGAUGUUUCAGAAUACAAUGUGCUGAUCAAAGCUUUUGGCAAGGCAAAGCUUUAUGAGAAGGCCUUUUCAACUUUCAAGAGCAUGAGGAAUUUUGGAACCUGGCCAGAUGAAUGCACUUAUAAUUCUAUUAUACAAAUGUUUUCUGGAGGUGAUUUAUUGGACCAAGCAAAAGAAGUUUUGAUCCAAAUGAAGGAAGCUGAAUUGAAGCCACACGUGCAGACUUUUUCUGCAAUAAUUGCUUGCUAUGUACGUCUAGGCCUGUUAUCUGAUGCCAUCAUUGUCUUCCAAGAAAUGGUGAAGGAUGGGAUUAAACUAAAUGAAGUUGUUUAUGGGGUUUUAAUUAAUGGCUUUGCUGAAGCUGGUAGAACAGAAGAAGCUUUAUACUACUACCGGAUGAUGGUUGACGAUGGGAUUACUGAAAACCAGAUCAUCCUGACUUCUCUUAUUAAGGCAUACAGCAAGGGAGGCUACCUAAAGGGGGCCAAAGAGAUGUAUGAGUCAUUGAAACAAUUGGAAGGUGGUCCUGAUAUAGUUGCUUCAAAUAGUAUGAUCAGUCUGUAUGCUGAUCUUGGUAUAGUUUCCGAGGCUAAAGCUAUAUUUGAUAAUUUGCGACAAAAAGGACAAGCAGAUGGUAUCACAUUUGCUCUUAUAAUGAACUUGUACAAGAACAUGGGGAUGCUUGAUGAAGCUGCUGAAGUUGCUGAAGAAAUGAUACAAGCUGGAUUACUCACAGAUUGCACUUCAUUCACUAAGGUAAUGGCAUGCUAUGCAACAAACGGUCAGCUAGCUAACUGUGGUGAACUGUUAUAUGAGAUGGUCACCCGAAAAAUCUUGCCUGACGCUAGUACCUUCAAAGUAUUAUUUACUGUACUGAAGAAGGGUUGGAUGCCAAGUGAAGCAAUCCAACAGCUAGAAGCAUCUUACCAACAAGGGAAACCUUAUGCAAGGCAAGCUGUCAUAGCAUGUGUUUUCUCAGUUGUAGGGUUGCAUGCUUUUGCCAUUGAAUCAUGUGAAGCAUUUACAGAGGCCACAAACCUUGAUUCUUUUGCAUAUAAUGCAGCAAUGUAUGCUUAUACAGCAUGUGGAAAUACUGACAAGGCUUUGAAUCUCUUUAUGAGGAUGCAAGAUGAGGGGUUUGAACCUGACAUUGUUACUUAUAUUAAUCUCGUCAACUGUUAUGGAAAAUCCAAUAUGGUUGAAGGAGUUAAACGGAUUUACGGUCAAUUGAAAUAUCAAGAGAUUGAGGCUAAUGAAUCUUUAGUCAAUUCCAUUGUAAAUGCUUAUAAAAAUGCCAACAGGCCUGAUCUUGCUGAACUGGUAAGUCAAGAGAUGAAAUUUGGUUUUGACUUGAAUUCUGAGUCUGAAAUUGAACUGGAUUCUGGGGAAGAAACCUGAAUUGUCAACAGCUUGGAAUAUUAUAUAUGUAUGAAGCGAUUACUCCACUUGGAUUCUUACUGUACAGAUGUAUUACCUAGCAUGAUACUUUAGAGUUAGUGAAACAUGUGCAGUACGAUCAGUUUCCCAUCCCCCAUUUUCGUUUCAAUUUUCAGAAAAUUUUGUCAAAUGAUUUGUAGCAAGAUUUAGGUCCUUAAUUCCCUUGACAUCAAAGAACAAAAAAAGCAAAAAGAAGGGAUUUAACAUGCUUGUCAGCGUUGUAAUAAUAGUAAUGCUGUAGCAUGAUUUUUGGAGUAUAAUAUUUAAUUUCUGUUGUUUCAGUUAA